AUUCCCUUCCUCCCCACUAUGUCCCUCCUCUUACCCCACUUGCGCGAUCACCACCACCUCCAAUCCUUAUUGCUAUCUCCACCUAACGAGUGGAAGCCAAUGACAACGGGGAGCGCGGACGUAGCACGCCCUAUGGACCUCUCUUUCUCCUCCUCCUCCGGCGAACACGACGAGGCUCUCUCGCCCCUCCACCUGCCUCUCCUUCGCAGGAGGCCGGGCAAGACGUUCUCCGUCACGAUGUUCGCCUCGUCGAUCUUCCGCUCCCUCUUCCCCACCCUCCGAUCCUUCUUGACCCCGGCAUGCCACUGGCCGGUCGUGCCGGCCAUUGCACCCUUCAAGUCUAUCCCUUCAGCCCGCAGGAAGGUGAUCGGGACUUUCUUCGGCCGCAGGAGGGGCCGGGUGAGCUUGGCUAUGCAAAUGGAUCCCCGGUCGGAGCCGGUCUUGCUUCUUGAGCUGGCCACUCCUAUGCACCAGCUCGUCAAGGAGAUGGCCUCCGGGAUGGUGAGGAUACUACUUGAAUGCGAUCGGAUUGCUAACACCAGCACACCUGCCAUGGCCACCGCAAGCAAGAAGAAAGGGAAAAAUAAUUCUCCACGGCGCUCUCUGUGGGAGGAGCCGGCGUGGAGCCUCUACUGCAACGGGCAUCAGCGCGGGUACGCCGUGUCGCGCCGGUGCAACGGGGCCGACCUCCAUGUGCUGAAAGCGCUGCAGGCGGUGUCGGUAGGCGCCGGGGUGCUUCCACCUCCACCAAUUGCUCCUCCCCUUCCACCACCUCAUUCUCUAGAGACGGAGAAUAUUGGCAGGUCUAGGAAUGAUGGAGGCGGCGGCGGCGGUGGCGGUGGAGGUGGCGCUGAUUGUGAGGUGAUGUACUUGCGAGCCAAGUUUGACAGGGUGGUGGGGAACGUCGACUCGGAAGCAUUCUACAUGAUCAGCCCGGAUGGUGGUGGGCGUGGAGGCAGUGAUUUCAACGAUGGCGGUCCUGAGCUCAGCAUCUUCCUGCUAAGGAUUUAGAAUACAGCGAGAGGUUUAUUAGUUUCCAACCCUAAAUUCAUAGUAAGCGUUUGGUUACUGGCUCGUGGACUGAAACCUGUGGAGUUCCAUCAUCACUGAUAACGGUAUGUAAAUUUUUUAAGUAAUAAUGAAGAAUGACGUUAGUUUAAA